AUGUUGAAAAAAUCCAACCCCAUUUUUGAUAAAAACCGUAAAGAUGAAGAUCUUCCAGAGGAAACUUAUCCAAAGCCGAGAAAAAGUUACGGUACGGAGAUGAACCGUAGAAUGCCUCCACGAGGACAUGCAAGAACUCGUACGGAUAUUGCAGGCGUACGGAAGGAUGUUGAAGGAGAAGGUCUGGAAAGAAGACCUAGUCGACGCUGGCCGUCCACGUUUGAGUCGAUUCGAGAUGUGUCUAGACAGGUUUCUAGGAGAAUCAUUUCUUCAUUUAGGUCGCCAUCAAGUAUGUUUACCACGGAGAGGAAUGACUCAGUUGAAAGUACUACGUUUCAUGAAGCUCAGGAGCGCAGGGAACCUGGUGAGAGUAGGGAGAAUCCCGUUGCUCGUCACCGGAGGUACGAUUCUCUUUCCAGGAAAGCUUGGCCGUGGAAAUCAAAAACGAAAUCAAAAAUUUCUUCUUCUACUGCUUCUGAAAGUUUUAGGAAACAUCCAUCAUAUCUUUCAGAAACAGUUUCUGAUUCGAAGAAGACUCGUUCUUCUCUAGUCAUCCCGUCCGAUUUGGCUCCAGUGGACUUUGAAGGCGCUGAUAUAAAGAUCAAGGACCAAGAAAAAGCCAAGGAGACUAAUAAUGGUGAGAAGGAAUUGCAAUUCGGAAAAAUUGAACAAAAGGAGAAUCCUUCAGACGACAUCGACUGGGAACAAAUAUCCCUUUCAGGGAAUAACCCGAACGUUACCGCUGAAACGAAAAGUUUAAAUCUCCUUUGGUUUGCAGAUACUUCGACCAACGACUGGGAUGAGGAUUUCCAAGUUGAUUCUAGCUUCGCCUUAAAUAUACCUGAAAGCGUCAACAAAACGGGCGUGGCAGUACAAGAACAAUUAUUAAGUAUCAAAAAUUUUAAACAAGACAUGCAGGUCCUAGAAUUCUUGUUUCAAGAAGCAAAGCACCAUCCCAAUUUUUCUAGUUUGGAACCGUCACUAUUAGAAGAUACAGAGGCCAUUAUUAGUCUAGCUGAUCCUUUACAGUCUCAUCACGAGUCUGACAUUUCGCUAGCUGCGGACAAGACAACUCAGAGGUUGUUUUCAAAAUUGAAUAUUCUGAUAGAAGAUGCAUGUUCCGUGGAGCUUGAUGCUUCCGUUUUACCAAAGUUAAUCCAGCAUGUUGAAUAUUUGCAGUCUCAGUUUCAAUCACUUUUACAUUCAUAA